CAAGCAGCACCAUAGAGAGGGCUCGCUAUAUAGGCAAAGGGCCGGAGGGCUAGAGCGUCGGAGGAGCCAGCCAGAGUCCGCCAGGAAGCCGAGAGCCAGCCGCGCGGUGCGUCUCCUCCUCGUUUCCCCGGACAAAGCCUUAGCGGCCGCCGCCGAUCAUACGCCGCAAACCGCCGCCCCUCCUGCUUCUGCUCCGCUCCCCCUCCAGGCAGCGCUCCGCUCACCUCAGAACCCCGCCGCCGCCGAACGCAGAGUCAUGUCGGCCAGCAGCCUCUUGGAGCAGAGACCGAAGGGCCAAGGCACCAAAGUGCAAAAUGGAUCAGUACAUCAGAAAGAUGGAUUAAAUGAUGAUGAUAUUGAACCUUACUUGAGUCCUCAGGCCAGACCGAACAACGCAUAUACUGCAAUGUCAGAUUCCUACCUGCCGAAUUACUACAGCCCAUCCAUUGGAUUCUCCUACUCCUUAGGCGAAGCAGCUUGGUCUACUGGGGGUGAUCCACCUAUGCCCUACUUAACAUCUUAUGGACAACUAAGCAAUGGAGAGCCUCACUUUCUCCCAGAUGCCAUGUUUGGACAGCCAGGGGCUCUUGGCAGCACACCAUUUCUUGGACAGCAUGGCUUUAACUUUUUUCCAAGUGGGAUUGACUUCUCAGCUUGGGGCAAUAACAGUUCUCAGGGGCAAUCAACCCAAAGUUCUGGAUAUAGCAGUAACUAUGCUUAUGCACCAAGCUCACUGGGUGGAGCCAUGAUUGAGGGACAGUCUGCUUUUGCCAGUGAGACCCUGAAUAAGGCACCUGGCAUGAAUACCAUAGACCAAGGGAUGGCAGCCUUGAAGCUAGGCAGCACUGAUGUAGCAAGCAAUGUUCCAAAAGUUGUUGGCUCUGCUGUUGGCAGUGGAUCCAUUGCCAGUAACAUUGUAGCUUCUAACAGUCUGCCCCCAACUACCAUCGCUCCUCCAAAACCAGCAUCCUGGGCUGAUAUUGCUAGUAAACCUGCAAAACAACAGCCCAAGCUGAAGACUAAAAAUGGCAUUUCAGGAUCAAGUCUUCCACCACCCCCCAUAAAACAUAACUUGGAUAUUGGAACUUGGGAUAACAAAGGGCCAGUGGCAAAAACCCCUUCCCAGGCUUUAGUUCAGAAUAUUGGUCAGCCCCCAACCCAGAUAUCUCCCCAACCAAUGGGUCAGCAGAUGAGUAACAGCCCACCAACUGUGCAGCCUUCAGGGGGACAGCCGCCACAACCCUUGCCGCCACCACCACCACCCCAGCCAACUCAGUUAGCAGUGCAGCAACAGGCAGCUCAGCCAGCUCGUUGGGUUGCACCUCGUAACCGUGGCAAUGGGUUUGGCCAGAAUGGAGUAGAUGGUACUACAGUUGGACAGUCUCAAGCCACUUCUGGUUCUGCCCCUCUGGAGCCGCAUCCAGUUUUGGAGAAGUUGAGAUCCAUCAACAAUUACAAUCCUAAGGAUUUUGACUGGAACCCAAAACAUGGCCGGGUUUUCAUCAUAAAGAGUUACUCUGAGGAUGAUAUCCAUCGUUCUAUUAAAUACAAUAUCUGGUGCAGUACAGAGCAUGGUAAUAAGAGACUGGAUGCUGCUUACCGAUCAAUGAACGGUAAAGGUCCUGUUUACUUACUGUUCAGUGUCAAUGGCAGUGGUCAUUUCUGCGGAGUUGCAGAAAUGAAGUCUGCUGUGGACUACAACACAUGUGCAGGUGUGUGGUCCCAGGACAAGUGGAAGGGACGCUUUGAUGUGAGGUGGAUUUUUGUCAAGGACGUUCCCAACAGUCAGCUGCGACACAUUCGCCUAGAAAACAAUGAGAAUAAACCAGUGACCAACUCCAGGGACACUCAAGAGGUGCCUCUGGAAAAGGCGAAGCAGGUGCUGAAAAUCAUUGCUACCUACAAGCACACCACUUCUAUCUUUGAUGACUUCUCACACUAUGAGAAACGCCAAGAGGAGGAAGAAAAUGUGAAAAAGGAGCGCCAAGGCCGUGUCAAGUAAAUAACUGGAUCCUUCCUCAGAAACUGCAGCAGAAGUGUUGCAUCUUGGGUAUCUUUCAGAAAGGAAGAAAAACUAUACCAGAAAGAAUUAGGACUUAUUUCAUUGACUUCAUACAAACUCUUACAAACUUAACUGUUUAAAAAUGUAUUGGAAUUUCACAAGAGACAUAGGACUUUAAACAAAAACAUCCCUUCUAGGUAGAGUAGAGGUGAAAACUGUCCCCUUCUUUUGGCUUUGGUUGUGAUUUCAGAGCAUAAAUUUUGUUUUGGUUUUUCUCCCCACUUUUUUCUAUGUUAUUGGAUUUUAAAGUCCACCCGUUUCUCUAAUUUUUAAACCCUGCUGCUUCCCUGAUUUCCUGGCCUUCUGAAUCCCUCUUCCCACUGUUUUUUUUUUAAAUUGUUGUUGCACUUGGAACACCGAGUUGUGACUUUCUUUUGGACAUCUUCCAUGGAAAGUGGAAUGGAUAACUUUUUCCAUGGACUGGAAGAGGAAUUUUAUGAAGAAUUUGAGGGGUUUUUACGCCUAGAAGAUCUGAAUGGAAUUUGUCUACACGGUCGUGUCUGAGGGAUAGUUCGUUUUCUCUCAAAAGUCAAAUACAAAAGUCCUAAGAAAUGUUCUGUUCUUGUGCAUCAUAUGGAUUACAGAUUAAGUCUGGCUUGAUUUGAUUUGAAGGCUGAGAACAGUGGUAAAACAUGUUUGUUUACAGGAAAAUUAAUUUUGGAAAAAAAAUAUUGUAAUGUGUAGUGAAUGUUUCUUCAGUUUUCUUGUUAAGCCAAUGAGGAAUGGGCGCUGCCUUUCUUUCACCAUUAAUCACUUCUCAAUAAUAAACGUGAGAUCCUAUUGAGCAUCA